AUGUUUGGAAGCCUAGGGCCUGGGGACUUGGGAGCCCAGGGCAUGGCGGGACCCCUGCGGGGCCGGGUGGAGGACCUGAAGCGGCCGUGGUGGCGGGAGGCCUCACCACUGGUGCUCCAGCACAGUGAGGCUGCCCGGCUGGCAGCCGACGCCCUCCUGGAGCGGGGCGAAGCUGCCUACCUGCGGGUCAUCUCCGAGGAGCGGGAGCUGCCCUUCCUGAGUGCCCUGGACAUGGACUACAUGACCAGCCAUGUGCAUGGGGGCCCUGAGCUCAGCGAGGCCCAGGGGCCAGAAGCUUCAGGGCCUGACCGCCUCAGCCUGCUCUCUGAAGUCACCUCGGGCACUUACUUCCCCAUGGCCUCCGACAUAGAUCCCCCGGACCUGGACUUGGGCUGGCCUGAGGUUCCACAGGCCACGGGCUUCAGCCCCACCCAGGCUGUGGUCCACUUCCAGCGGGACAAGGCCAAGAACAUCAAGGACCUUCUGCGUUUUCUCUUCAGCCAGGCCCGCACGGUGGUGGCUGUGGUGAUGGAUGUAUUCACUGACAUGGAGCUUCUGUGUGACCUCAUGGAGGCCUCGAGCCGGCGUGGUGUCCCCGUCUACCUGCUUCUGGCUCAGGAGCACCUCAGGCACUUCCUGGAGAUGUGCUACAAGAUGGACCUCAAUGGGGGGCACCUGCCGAAUAUGCGUGUGCGGAGCACGUGUGGGGACACAUACUGCAGCAAGGCAGGCCGUCGGUUCACGGGGCAGGCCCUGGAGAAGUUUGUUGUCAUCGACUGCGAACAGGUGGUGGCAGGCAGCUACAGUUUCACCUGGCUUUGCAGCCAGGCCCACACUAGCAUGGUGCUGCAGCUGAGAGGCCGCAUCGUGGAAGACUUUGACCGGGAGUUCCGGUGUCUGUAUGCCGAGUCUCGGCCUGUGGAGGGCUUCUGCGGUGGCGAGGAUCCCGUAUCUCCUAGGGCACUGUGUCCUCCCCCAGCAGCCCUGGGCUUCGGGCCCGGUGUGCCAAGCCCCACAUCCUCCUCACCCUCCAGCACCAGCUUCAGCAGCAUCAAACGCUCACCUCUAAUGGGCCACUCCUCUUACCUCACUCCACAGGGAGGUGGUGGCUGCAGUGACAUGGGUAUGGGGUCCUCAGCCCUUGGCCCUGCCCGCCGCGAGGCCAGUGGCCAGCCCUCUCCGCAGCGCCAGCUGUCAGACCCGAACCAUGCCUCCCUGCUAGGGCCCUACAGGUCCAAUCUAGGCAAGCUGGGCGCGUCCCCAUGGUCCCAGUCCUCUCCUGCCCUCAAUCACAAUGGUGUCAGCCCCCUGACCCUAGCAGUGGGGUCGCCUCUGCUUGCUCUCCAGCGCCCCCUCCUCCCCUCCGCCAAUGCUGUAGCCCUGUCCCGGCUCCCAGAGAAUGGGCUCCUGGGAAGCCAGGAGUGUAGCCCCCAACGAAGUCGCUGGGUACCUGGCACAGCCCUGGAGACAGUGGAGGAGAAGAAGGUGUCUCUGAGUCAGAGCCACAGCCAGUUGGAUCUCCUUGUCCCCUUCCCCAGAGCCAGAGAAGCUGGAGGCCCUGAUUCUGGGGUUAGCCCCAACUCGGGCUCCCUCUGGCCUGGAGAGCAGGCUCCAGAGGGCAGGAAGUUGUCCCCAAACCAGAGAUACAACCAGCUGGAUCUCCUGCCCCAGACCCCGGGUGCUGGGGGUACCCCCGAGUCAGGUUCCCCCAGACCUGGCAAUCGAACCCCAGAGGACAAGAGGCUGUCCUCAAACCACAGCCAACUGGACCUCCUGGUACAACACCCCAAGGCUGGGGGCUCCAGAGUGCCCCCUGGAGCCAGCUCCUCAGCCAGGGCUGGCAAGCAGCGUCAAGAUGAGCGACGACGGACCCUGGGCCACAGCCAGCUGGACCUCAUCACAAAGUUUGGCCCAUUCCGGGGUGAGGGGCCUGGGCCCAAUGGUCUCCCCAGACUAAGCCCUGCUCGAAAGGCUGGAGUGGGCUCAGGGGAUGAGAAGCGGCUGACCCUGGGCCACAGCAAGCUGGACCUCAUCACCAAGUAUCAUCAAUUGCAGGGUGCCAGGCAAGGACCUGAGCCUGGCCUUCCUGGGGGCCCCACAGGGGGACAUCACAAUGGCAGUAACAAUGGCCUGUUUGGGGAUGAGAAGCGGCUGACCCUGGGCCACAGCAAACUGGACCUCAUCACUAAGUACAACAAGUCCAAGUUCAAGCUGCUCCGAAGCCGCUUUGAGUCUUAG